AUGGCGCUCAACCUAGCCAGAUCAGUGCUUCAACGACGCACGACCAUCUCUCUACCACCGACGCGGCUAUUGGCCACCGUCACAUCGCCUCAAAAGCGGGUCAACAUCGUCGAGGUCGGCGCUCGCGACGGCCUCCAGAACGAGCAGCAACCGGUGUCCAUAGACACGCGAGUCGAGCUCAUCAGCCGAUUGGUCCACUCAGGUUUGAAGACGAUCGAAGGCGGCGCCUUUGUAUCGCCCAAAUGGGUUCCUCAGAUGAAAGAUAGCCAUCUCGUGCUUGAGCAGCUCCCUCGUCAGCCUCAACUACGCUACCCUGUCCUCACGCCCAACCUCAAAGCGCUCGAAAACUUUGUGCAGACGAACAGUCAGUCAUCCACCGAUGAGAUCUGCAUCUUCCUUGCCGUCUCGAAUGGCUUCAAUAGGGCCAACAUCAAUCGCACGACCCCUCAAGCAAUCGAUGACGCCGCUCAAGUUACUCAAAGAGGUCUCGAGCUCGGUUUGAGAGUACGAGGUUACCUCUCGACUGCUGUGGGGUGCCCCUUCGAGGGUGUCAUUGCCCCAGAAGCGACCCGAGCACUCGCUAAACAGAUUGACGCCAUGGGUUGCUACCAAGUCGUAUUGUCAGAUACAAUAGGCGUCGGGACGCCGCUCUCAUUCGACGCCAUGUUCGAAGCCGUCCUGAAAGAUGUGCCGGUCGAGAAGCUCGCUGUGCACUGUCACGACACCUAUGGAACGGCCAUUGCCAAUAUUGUUACCUCUCUUGACCAUGGCGUGAGAACGAUCGAUAGCUCUGUGGCAGGCCUCGGUGGAUGUCCAUAUGCGCCGGGCGCAACUGGCAAUGUUGCGACAGAGGAUGUGCUCUUUCUGUUGGAAGGCAUGGGCUACCAGACUGGCGUCAAUUUGCAAUCAGUAGCAGAAACAGGCGCUUGGAUCAGUCAGAAGCUCGGCCGACGAGCCACCUCAGCAGCUGGUCUGCUGCCAUUGGAAAUCUGCGACGGCUCAGCCGAAACCUUGGUUGUCCGGGCUUCACGUGCUGCGACAACCAAUCUGAAGUCAUAUCGACGGCCUCGCUUGCAGAAUUGUGUUUGCAUCGCUUUCAUCGUUCAUUUCAGCCACGUCAAAGCCUCUGAGCAGUAUUGUAGCUCUUCAAGAAUGCUCGGACGACAAAGCAAGCCGCUUGUCACGCUGGUCGUGGCCCUUGCUGCCCUCAUCUCCCAAGCUCUGGCAAGCCCUGGCGUCGCGGCGAUGGCGCUACAGCUCAUGACUCGCUACAGAUGGUCAAUGCUGUCACAUGUGGCCAACUUCCAAAAGAUGAAUGCGGAUUCGCGCCGAAGCUCUGCGGAUGGAACGCAGCCUUGGGCUGCUUUCAGCUUCCAUGCGCCCCCAAUUGCAGCUCGUAGCGAUGUCAAAGACCCAAUGCAACGAUAG